AUGCUGUCAAAAUUUACUCCAGUCCAGGACUCAUCCAAGUUUGCUACCCUCAAGAAACCGGCGAAGGUAGCGAUAGUGCGACAACAGCCCUCGUUAGACCGUGAAAUGCGCGGCCCAAUCGCGGACCCGAUCUACAAGUACUCCUCCCUAACCCUGCCCUCCGGCAUUGUACAACCGCAAAUCGGGCCUGGGGGUCCCCUACGGUACCCCUUUUAUCGGGUGCAGUCACCCCAGACUCCACGACAGAAUUCUGUCCCGAAUUCGCCGUGCUGUCCAAAUGGACCCCUUCCACGAGUCUCUGGAAGGAUGCCACAGCAACCGCUGCAGCAACGAACGUCCGCACUUCCCUACGCCACCACGGCUAACACUCUCUCCUGCGUUGCGACGCCGAUAACCCAGAGGCAAGCGCGGUAUCUGCGUAAGGAGGUGAAACAGCCCACGAGGCAGAGUGCUGUGCCAGACGAGGCUGCGAAAACACCAUCUAGUUCGUCGUCUUCAAGGGACAGUGGCAUCAUGUCCCAGGACUCCUCCUCGUCCAUCCAAUCGUUUUGCAUCGAAGACUACAACCAGUCUAACCCAGGUGGUUUCAGGACUCCACAGUGUGUUCCACGCAGGGCAAAGCAGGUGACGCGGAAGACGGUCGUUGAAGCUCCAGCCGUCAAGUAUCGAAGCGGUGGAGGGACUCUAAACCGACCCAAGGUGACCAAAAGCGCCAUCGCGACAACUCGACUGUCCACAGGUCCAUCAACUAGUUGCACCUCGUCGCCAGCGACACCACGAGCCAGCUGGAACUCCUCGCCGGCUGUCGUUGAGGGCGAACAACUCAAGGCAGCAAACAAAGUGAGUCGUGCAACUAGUGUCUGCGCUACAGGCCUGGAACAUCAGCGUAGAGGUCCAUCGAAACAGGUGACAGCCGGGCAGCUUGCCUCUCCCAACGGGAAGAUUCCACGUCCCACGAACCUAGCGGGCGAUAAGGGUUCAAGAAUGGACAAGGACAUUGGAUGGUUUGCCGGGAAAAUCCAGAGUUUCAAACCGGAGGAGAAUGCUUCGAGUGAGCGACCCUCUCGUAAUAGCUCACUUCCCUCGGGAUCUGAUCGAUGUCCAGCUACUGGCUCCUCUCACAUACCGACGCCGCGAGCCAAAACCCUCAGUCCUCCGCCGCAGUUCGCCUCUUCCUCCUUCUCCACACCCUCCACGAAAACACCAAAGUCGCCCUUCUCGCUGUCACACCCCAUCAACUCACUCACCCCGGAUUCAAGCAGCACCUCAACCUGCACCUUGGCAGCCAAUCCGAAGGGUUCGAGUCCGUCUCUCGCGGGGACCACGACGGCCACCGGCUGUGCCAACCUCGACGACACGCCGACACCGUCGAAUCGCAGUUCCCCGGAACCCCGUCCACCCCUGGCCUCGACGCCUUCUGUGCCGCUGGUCGUGGUGGACGGCAAGGUCCAGGAGUUCGACAAGCCUGCGAUGACAGCCCCACCCUCCCCGCGGUCUCCGAGGCUGUCACCGCGGCUCGGAGGCGCUGGAGAGGAUCAGUCGUUUGGGUGUUCCGGUUGUGGACCCCUUAGUCACUUUAAACUGCCCUACUCAACACCUGUGAUGCAGCGGAUGCAGCAUCAACAGCAAGCUGGAAUUAGCAGCAGCUUUGGAAAGAGGCCUCUUGGCGCUGAGGGUGGUGGUGGACUCGCAAAGACGCCGACUUGCGCAAGCAACUCAAACCAACCCAUUUCUGAGGCUUUUGGAUCGUAUAUGAGUUUGUCGUCUUCUGGAUCAGUAAUGUCAGCGGCGAAUGACUCAGCGGCGUUUGAGGUUGCAAAAUUAAGGCGGGAGCUGGAACUUGCACAUCAGAAGGUCGCCGCACUCACUUGCCAACUUUCAGCCAACGCAAGUGUUGUACAGGCAUUUGAACAGAGCCUGCAAAGCCUGAAUCAACGACUCCACCAACUUUCAGCUUCAUCUGCCAUCAAGGAGAGAGAAGUGCAAGAAUUGAGGAAGAUCAUCGACCGAUUCCGAUGUCAGGCCGCGCUCAACGACUGGCCCUCCAUCUUGGAGAAUGCACGGGACGGAAAGAAGCUGUCGCAGUCUCAGGAAUUUGUCAAGCCUCAUCACAUCAUCGAGACUGACGUGAUGCAGCAGGCGGGUAGCCUGUCAAGCCUCGUGCAGAGCCCGCACAGUGUGACCGGGUACCCAGAGAUAAAUCGAUACAUCCAAGAGGUCACCCCAAGGGGCUACAUGUCACCCAGCUACAUGCCCAUUCGUGACUCCUUCGAGCGGAACAGCAAGAAAGGCGGCUGGCUGCGGACCUCGCUCAACCGCGCCUUCCGACGCAGCAAAAGUCGUGAUCCGCCUGAUCGAGCCAGAGUCACGUCAACCUCAUCUGCACACGACCCCACUGUCCCUGGUUCCAGCAGUGGAUCCAGUGUUCGCCAUUCUCCGAACAGUUCCAGCGGUGAAUCACCGGUCAACCAGUCGGCGGCCUCGUCGAUCACUGGCGCUGGAAACGGGCUCCUGGAGCAGCCGUCGUCCACAGCCAAGGACCAGUUCGAUUCGCUCAGUAGACAGCACCAGCUGCACAUCAUGCAGGAGACCGUCUUGGAGCUGCAGCAUCAAGUCAGCUCCCUGCGGGCUGAGAAUGCCCUCCUCCAACAGACCGUCGAUCGAUGCUCCCAGGCCUCGGGGUCCGAUAAGGGCUCUGUGACGGGGUCAGCGAGCCUCUCGACUACCGGUCAGGCGGGCCGCCUCGGACGACUGCUUCGUGAAUUGUACUCCGUGAACCCGGAAGUGGGACGUCGGCCGAUACCCGUGUUUCUGGAGCUCAGCUACAGGCACAAUCACUCGCGUCCGAUCGAUGAGCACAUGAGCAGUCGCCUGGCCUCCGGUCCGACUAGUCCUACGCAUUCAUAUCUCGCGCAACCAACCAACCAAUCACAGCCAUUGGCUUCGCCCAAUCCGAGUGCGCGUCUCUACGCGAGCACUGAUGGCGCCCGCCACUGCGAUGUUGGCAGCAAUGAUCUCACGCACUUGCAUCUUCUUGGAAGGGUCUGUGUGGAGGCAUCUUCUCCCAUCCUCGCAAGUGACAUUCGAUCGAAAGUCAAGAAUCUGCUGCGUAUCUACUUAAACUAUCUCGACUCGGAUGAGCAUAUUGGCUUGAGUCCCGAGGCGAUUUCUUCGAUUACGAUCAAGGCGGUGCCUCAAUCAGUCGCGGUCAACCAAUCACUGAAGGAGUUUCAAUUGUCACCGAACAACAACGAGCCGGCCCCGCUGCGUAUCGACCCGGAUCAUGAGAUAUCGCACAUAACCAUCCGCCUCCACGAGAACGCCUACGCGGUCGAGAGACCGGUAGCGCCCAGCCUCCUUAACCCCCUCUCCGUCUCCUCCAUCGCGUGGAUCUCACUCCUGCCGUGCUCCUUGUUGAGCAAAAUGAUCGAGUCAAUUUUGGCAAACAAAAGCGUCAUUAUUUACGGACCUCGAGGCUCGGGAAAGCUUGAAUUCGGCAGAAUUCUUAUCGAUGCGAUGUCAAAAAUGUUUCCAGGAUUUUGGGUGAAUCCGCCGAAUGCUUGUCAUUACUACCUCCGAGCCACUCCGAAUGCCACAAACGAGCUACGCCAGGUCCUCAUGAACGGCCUCCUUGCCGUCGAAGGUCUCAUCAUUCUUCGGCUGCCACCGUCUCUGCUCCCAGACCUAGUGAAAACAAUGUCAGAGCUCGGUUUCAACACAAACCCUCGAAAAAUUCUCCUACUCGCGAUAACUGAUACGCUAAUCUUUCCGGAGGAGCCAACGAAACUUAAAAACUGUCCCGGAAUCUUUCCCUUCAUCGCGGACGUCCAGAGCGCGGCGGGCUACAUGCGCCGUUGCCUCCGUCAGCGCUUCUCUCAGUUCGCCUUCCAGUGUCUUGAGGCCUCUAACACCGUUGAACUGGACGGUCUCACGGAAAUCAUCGAAUGGUUGCCUGGUUUCUGGCUUCGAGCAGUCUCCGCCGCCGCCGCUUGGCAGCACACCAACGUCGACGACGCCUCCACCACCGCCACCGCAUUUCCCUUUUCCCCGUUUCGUCUGCUGGCCUGUCCCCUGACGCUGCAGGCGUCCUCCGUGUGGUUCAGGGAGGUGUGCGAGGCAGAGGGCGUCUUUCGACGCGUUGGCGACGCCGAGAGAGACCUCGUUCGCUGGUUGGCUGCCACGUGGCCUUGGCCCAACGACCAACUGCCACUCGCCUUCACGCCCUACGGCCUUGGCGCUGGCGAUUCCAUGACUGCGUCCACGAUGAUCAUGUACGACUCCAGCGCCUCCUUGCCUGCCCUCCUUUCGACUGGCGAUGAGACUAGGCUCGACUGCGCUGGAAGGUCCAUUCGCAGAACCUCACCUCGUCCGAUUAUUCGCCGAUAA